CCUCUGCACACUCUCUCUCUCUCUCUCUCUCUCUCUCUCUCUCUCUCUCUCUCUCAGUUUCCAGAUUCUAGGGUUUCGAGUUACAGUCCUUCUAAUGAACCUCUAGAUUCUCGGGGGCCAAAUGAGUCAUCAUCAUCCAACUCUCGCUCUCACCUUCACCACUCUCCUCCUCCUCUUCCUCAACGCCAACGCCGUAACCAACGACGAGCUCCAAUCUCUCCUCGAGUUCCGCAAAGGCAUCCGCGACGAAUCCUCCAACAACCGCAUCCAAUGGGCCGCGCCAGACUCCCUCACCGACCCCACAACCUGCCUCGACGACUGGCCCGGAAUCUCCUGCGACCCGGAAACCGGUUCAGUAACCUCAAUUAAUCUCGACCGGCUCGGUUUAUCCGGGGAGCUCAAAUUCCACACGCUCGCCUCUCUCCCCUCUCUCCGUAACUUAACCCUAUCCGGUAACCGCUUCUCGGGUCGGGUCGUCCCUUCCUUGGGUAAAAUCACCUCCCUCCAGCACUUGGAUCUGUCGGAUAACGGAUUCUACGGACCUAUCCCGGAUCGGAUCUCGGCUCUCUGGGGGUUGAACUACCUCAACCUCUCCGCCAACAAAUUCUCCGGCGGGUUCCCGGGCGGGUUCGGGAACCUCCAGCAGUUACGAUCUCUCGAUUUGCACGGAAACGAUGUCUACGGAGACGUCACCGAGAUCUUCGCCGAGCUGAAGAACGUUGAGUUCGUUGACUUGAGCUCUAACCGCUUCAAUGGCGGCUUGCCUCUAACCGUGUCCAGCAUCUCCAACACUCUCCGUCACUUGAAUCUGAGCCACAAUGAACUAAACGGAGGAUUCUUCAGCGGCGAUUCCAUCGGUUUGUUCAAGAAUCUCGAGGUUCUUGAUCUUGAGAACAACGAGAUCAACGGCGAGCUGCCUAGGUUUGGAUCGCAGCCUAAUUUGAAGAUCUUGAGGUUGGCGCGUAACCAGCUCUUCGGUGCGGUGCCUGGAGAGUUGCUGCAGAGUUCGAUUCCCUUGCAGGAGUUGGAUCUCAGUAGAAACGGCUUUACAGGAUCAAUUAGUGAAAUCAAUUCAACUACUUUAACUUUGUUGAAUCUUUCCUCCAACGGUCUAUCUGGCGAGCUUCCAUCGAGUUUGAAGAGUUGUUUAGUUAUAGAUCUUAGCGGGAACACGUUCUCGGGUGACGUGUCCGUUGUUGGAAAAUGGGAAGCUACUCCGGAGUUUCUUGAUCUGAGCUCGAACAGUUUGUCAGGAGCCUUGCCUAACUUCACUUCAGUGUUUUCGAGAUUAACCGUGUUGAAUAUUAGGAACAACUCUGUCUCCGGUAGCUUGCCUUCACUGUGGGAUGCUUCUGGGGUUUCUCAGUUCUCUGUGAUUGAUCUCAGCUCGAAUAAGUUCAGCGGAUCCAUUCCACAAACGUUCUUCACUUUUGGGAGUUUGAGAAGUUUGAAUCUUUCAAUGAAUAACUUGGAAGGGGCAAUUCCUUUUCGUGGCUCAGGUGCUAGUGAGCUUCUGGCUUUAACUUUUUAUCCUCAGAUGGAGUCGCUUGAUCUCUCGACCAAUUCGUUGACAGGUGUGUUGCCUGGGGAGAUAGGUACAAUGGAAAAGAUUAAGGUGCUGAAUCUCGCUAACAAUAAGCUCUCUGGGGAAGUUCCAAUCGAUCUCAACAAGCUUAGUGGUCUUGAGUAUCUUGACUUGUCAAACAACGGUUUCAACGGUCAGCUUCCUGACAAGCUUCCUUCACAAAUGGUGAGGUUUAAUGUGUCUUAUAACGACUUAUCAGGCGUAGUUCCAGAAGGUUUGAGAAGUUACCCGCGUUCGUCGUUUUAUCCUGGUAACUCUAAGCUGAUUCUCCCAGGUGGAACGCCAACGGGUGUGCCUGAGAAAGAACGUCGUUCGAAGCGUAGCAUAAUGAUCGCUGUUAUCGUUGCUUCGCUUGCAGUUGCUGUUAUGGUUCUCUUUGUCUUGUUUGCGUAUCAUCGAACACAGCUCAAGAACUUUCAUGGGAGGAAUGAGUUUGCUGAUCAAGACUCGACUAGGGACGCCAAGUCUGGACGCUCUUCUCGUCCCUCUUUUCUCAACUUCGGCUCAAAUACUGGACAACAUUCUUCAUCUUUGAGCUUCUCAAACGCUCACUUGCUCACAGCAAAUUCAAGGUCCUUAUCCGGAAUACCCGAACCGGAACCCGAGAUAUCUGAGCAGGGUUUACCCCCCACCACAUCUGGACGGAGGUCUUCUUCAGGAAGCUCCCCACUAUCCUCCUCGCCUCGUUUUAGCGACCAGCCUGUGAUGUUAGAUGUUUACUCACCCGAUAGGUUGGCUGGAGAGCUCUUCUUUUUAGAUCUUUCACUGAAACUCACAGCGGAAGAGCUAUCCAGAGCUCCUGCGGAAGUUCUAGGUAGAAGCAGCCACGGAACGCUGUACAAAGCAACGCUGGACGAUGGGCAUAUGUUGACCGUGAAGUGGCUGAGAGUUGGACUCGUGAGGCAUAAGAAGGAUUUCCACAAGGAAGCUAAAAAAAUCGGCUCUUUGAAACAUCCGAACAUUGUCCCGCUGCGAGCUUACUAUUGGGGUCCCAGAGAACAAGAGAGGCUUCUCCUCUCUGAUUACAUGGGAGGAGAAAGCUUGGCCAUGCAUCUAUACGAGACUACUCCUCGGAGGUAUUCACCGAUGUCUUUCACUCGAAGGCUAAAAGUCGCGGUUGAAGUGGCGCAGUGUCUUCUUUACCUACAUGAUAGAGCAAUGCCGCAUGGGAACUUAAAGCCAACAAACAUAAUCCUCACAAGUCCUGAGAACACUGUGCGGAUAACAGAUUACUGUAUUCACCGUCUGAUGAGCUCAUCUGGUGUAGCGGAACAGAUACUGAACAUGAGUGCACUCGGCUACUCUGCUCCUGAACUUACCUCAGCUUCCAAACCCGUUCCAACGCUCAAGUCAGAUGUCUAUGCGUUUGGAGUGAUUCUUUUGGAGCUUUUGACUAGACGUAGCGCGGGUGACAUAAUCUCUGGCCAAUCAGGAGCCGUUGAUCUGACAGAUUGGGUGAGGUUAUGUGAUCAAGAAGGUAGGAGAAUGGAUUGCAUAGAUAGAGACAUUGCAGGUGGAGAAGAGUUCUCAAAGGCAAUGGAUGAUGCACUUGCUGUUGCAAUCAUGUGCAUUGUCUCUGUAAAUGAAAGGCCUAACAUCAGACAGGUUCUUGAUCAGCUUACCUCAAUUUCUUCUCCUUGAGAUUUAUUUAUUUUCUCUGUAUAUCUCAAUGGAUAUCUCUAUUCAUCCCAUCAUCCCAUUUUUUCUUCUUCUUUCUGGUUUUGUGUUUUUAGUAGUUUGAUCAGAUGAUUCAAAUUCUCAGGUGUUCUUACAUUUCUUAUUCCUAUUUUGUUGAUUAAUUUUCCCUUCCUUGUAAAGGUAGAUGAAAAACUAAUCCCAUUUUUUCUGACACAACA